CCGUCACGCUCGCCCCCGCCUUCUCCACAACCGGCCAAGAUGGCGUCGCUGUCGCUGCUGAAGGAGGCCUCGAUGCCGGCGACUGGCGGCUUCUCCUUCCACAACUGCGCCCGGAAUGCCCAGCUGGAAUCAGAGGGGGCCCAGAAGGGUCUUCGGCUGCCCACCGCUCGCAAGACGGGCACCACCAUAGCUGGCAUCGUGUACAAGGAUGGUAUUGUGCUGGGGGCAGACACCCGAGCCACCGAAGGGAUGGUGGUUGCCGACAAGAACUGUUCCAAGAUCCAUUUCAUCGCUCCCAACAUCUACUGCUGUGGGGCUGGAACGGCUGCGGACACCGAAAUGACAACUCAAAUGAUCUCUUCCAACAUGGAGCUUCACUCCCUUUCGACUGGCCGACUUCCGAGGGUCGUGACGGCGAACCGGAUGCUCAAGCAAAUGCUUUUCAGGUACCAGGGAUACAUUGGUGCAGCUUUGGUUCUUGGUGGUGUGGACAUCACUGGGCCUCACCUGUACAGCAUUUAUCCUCACGGCUCGACCGACAAGCUGCCUUACGUCACAAUGGGGUCUGGAUCCUUGGCGGCUAUGGCGGUCUUCGAGGACAAGUUCAAACCUGACAUGGAGGAAGAAGAGGCCAAACAGCUCGUGAGAGACGCUAUUGCAGCCGGCAUCUUUAAUGACCUGGGCUCGGGCAGUAAUAUUGAUAUCUGUGUCAUUAGCAAGAACAAGCUGGACUUCAUCCGUCCGUUCAACACACCCAACAAAAAGGGGGAAAGGCAAGGAAAAUACCGUUGUGAGAAGGGCACGACGGGGGUCCUGUCGGAAAAGGUGAUCCGUCUGGAACUGGAAGUGGCUGAGGAGACGGUGCAGACCAUGGACACGUCCUGAUUCCCCGCCGGAGAGUCCGGGACACGGUUAGGGGACCGAGAGUAUUCCUUCAAAGUCGAAAUCAUUUUUUGAGAAUGUUACAAUUAACCAAACGAAUAAAACAAAUAAUGAGAA